AUCAAAUGGCCAGGAACCUUUUGCAGACACACUCUAUUGCUCCCACCCACACUAAAUUUACAGAAGUCAAAAGUUCCUUUUUCAUUUUACAGUUAAACAGUGGGCCUUGUUUAUUUAAUUUUAUCUGAUGCAGUUGAAAGGCCUGUUUGAGCAGUUAGUGUUAUAAGCUUGUGCUAUACAAUAAGAGAGGGAGACAUUUUUUGGUUUUCGUUGACUGAGAGGAAAUUUUGAAACAUUGUGCAAUGGUGCCGCAAAAGUUUUGAAAGGUUGAGAGAGCAUUUUACCAGCAAAGCAUCUGAGAGUCGGUCCUGGAUAAGAGGUAUCCAUGUUCCAUCCAUACAGAAUGGAGAGCUAUCUCAUUCAGCCUCAGCACACAGAUGACAUUUACGACCCUGAGAUCUACAGACAUCAAAUUCCAGAAUAUUCAUAUCCAUAUGUCCUAGAUCCAGAAAGCCAGGCAGAACACUGGGACUACCAUGCUCACCCUCAUGUGCACCCUGCAGAGUUUGAAAACCUCCAAGAGAGCAACUUCACAGAGCUCCAGAAUGUGCAGGCUCUCCACCCAUCUGGGCUCUUACGACAUGACACUCUACGAUACGAAGCUGAAAACCUGCUUGAUCCAAAUCUUGCGGCUCAUUCCCAUGUGUUACAGCAACCAGUAACGUUCUUCCCUCGGACCUUGUAUCCACCGCAUAUAUCCCAGCGCAGCUCUGAUGAAGAGGACCAUGGGGCACGAAGUCCGCCACUGGAGGUGUCUGAUGAGGAGUGCUUGAGAGAUCGAGUUUCUUAUAUCCCAACAGGAGAGCUGGGUAAUAAAAAGAAGAUCCGCUUGUACCAGUUUCUGUUGGACCUUUUAAGGAACGGCGACAUGAAGGACAGUAUCUGGUGGGUGGACAGAGAUAAAGGGACAUUCCAGUUUUCUUCCAAACACAAGGAGGCUCUCGCACACCGCUGGGGAAUCCAGAAGGGAAACCGCAAGAAAAUGACCUACCAGAAGAUGGCUCGUGCUCUGCGCAACUAUGGCAAAACCGGAGAGGUGAAAAAGAUCAAAAAGAAGCUGACGUACCAGUUUAGUGAUGAGGUGCUGGGCAAGAGUCAUCUAGACAGAAAAGCAUACAUAUAGGCAGGAGGAAUGCUCAAAUACUAGCACUGAAUAAUGAAAAGUAUAGAUUUAAUCAGUCUUCCUGAUGAGUACUGCUGCACAGUGUGACCGAGUCUUUGAAGGUACUAGUAAAUGCAGCAUAAAGCUAUGGACCACAAUCUUCCUUCUAAGACAUGCUGGGGGACCGUUUAAUAAGUACAGAAGAAUCACCAUAGAAAGCUCAGUUUGGCUUGUCUGUCUGAAAUAUUUGGAAGACAAAAUAUUCCAAAUGAUCACAAUGAAAAUAAAGUCAGUGCCAAACACGUUACAUUAUGUGUAACACGCUGUUUGUAAAUGUGUAUAGAGAUUUGUGAAUGAGUACUUUUGAAAAGCUGUUAUUGCUGGUGUUCCUUGUUGAGGUGGCCAGAGUUGGAAGUAAAAGUCAUGUGAUACCAUGAUUUAGAGAGACCUUUGAUACACACACCUAACAGACAAAGUCGAUAUCAGGAACUAGAAAGAAUUCCUGAUUACAACUACCCUUGGGCCAUUUUAGUCAAAAUAGCUUUAAAGUGUGCAGUUUAUUACCGAUUAAAGUUUAUUUCAAGCUUAAAGUAAUACAGUUUAAUGACUUUAGCUCAGUCUCUCAAAAACCGCAGGCAAGUCUUGUCUGACACCUAACUCUUGUGAAUGAAAUACAGACAAACAACAUGUACAAAACAACCAUAAAUUUGAACUUCACCUCUGAAACCACAAAACCACUACCAGCCACAGGGAACAAUCAUCUACGAUCAUCAAACUCUACAACAUCAUUUUCAAACACAUUCAUAAAUCUUUGUUCUAAAUUUUUCUUGUAGAAUUUCUUUUUUGUCAUUUUGGUUUAUUGUGUCUUUUUGAUAGAAAGUAUAAUAGUUUUCCUGUGUACGCAACAGAAAUAUGAAAAAAAAAAAUACAUAGUUUUUACAUUAAGACUUUAAAUCCAUGGGUAACAUGGGUAAUUGACUGCUUCUUUUCAAACGUACCAAAGUCAGUCAGAUGAACUUAAUGAUAAACAUUGCUUUUCUGAAAUGUAAAAGCAAGCUGGGAUUAUUGUUUUUCAGGUAUUUGGAAUCUGGAGCAAUGUGUUCCAGCAGGUUACAUCUGCUUUUGUUUUGUAGCUUCAUAUUAAAUGUACAAGCAGCAGCUGUAUGACUCUUUUCUUCGAACUCCUGGUAUGAGAGGGAUUUGACUUGUUCGCUGCCUGUUUAAAAGCAUUAAGGAAAAGAAACAGAGCCCUCUCUUGGGUGGGGUGGAUGUAGGCAUGUUGACAUCCCCUAUGCAGUUUUAAGUGGGGGUGCACACAUACAUGGUAGACGUUUAUAUUCUGUUUGGAAACAUCUGAUAUAUUUUCAAAACUAAAUUCUGCUUCAUGUCAUUCAACCACAGCAAUGACAUUCAACUUCUUUGUCAUGUUGAACAUGUACAAGUUCUCUUGUAAUGUUUUUACUACUGUUUGUAUAUAUUUAAACUGGAUUUUUUUAAAAAUAUAUUUAAAACAGAAUAUUAGGUUUCAUAUCAUGGUUUAGAAGACCGUAUAUGAAACGCUGUAUGUUACAAUUACAAAUCGCAUGUACAAAGUUAAUAAAUUGUCUGUCACCUUA